AUGGAGAUGCCAAAUGAUGGUGUUGCGCUUGAGGGGCGUCUUGUUGAGGCCGAAGAUGACGGCGGCAAGAGCUUCAAAGGCUCAGAUCGCAUGCCUUCCAGCCUGCAUCUGUCUACGCAGGCAGCUUCCUCCUCGGUUUUCGAGGAGGACGGAGACGCGAGAGAGGGGCAGCAAAACAAAGAGCUCAAGAAAUUCGAAGACGUUCAAGUCUAUUUGGUGUGCCCCUCCACGGCUGCAUGGGCAGCAGCAGCGGCUUGCAUCCACCACAGCGACAACAGCUGCAGCACCUCCACGUCAGCCGCAUCAGCUGCGUCAGCAGGCGGAGGAGCAACAAGCGAUGACACUCUGCUGCAAGCGUGUCAGUGGCUAGUCAAGUCAGGCUGCAUCCGCACCGUUGAGUGGAAGAGUCCGCUUGUGCUCCAGGGUGAACUCCUGCACUUUGGCGUCGUGCUGAUUCCGCAAGAUGGAUCUGCAGCUGCUGCAGGAUCUCCCACCGCUGCCAGAGCUUGGCUCAGGAAGUAUGCAUCUCUGUCUGCUGCACUCGAUUUGGUGCUGAGAGACGGCAGCAGCCGCAUCAAGGCAGCAGGGCAAUCGGCGCUGUCUUGCCAAUUCUGGGAGGCUCAGGCUUUUCCGAUAGACUCUCAGGAGGCAGUAUCCGUCAGAAUCAUGCACUUCAUGUACUCCCCGGAAACCGCGACAGAAACACGGGCAGAAGCAGCAGCAGAAGCAGCAACAAUAACAGCUGCUGCUGCAGCAACAGCGCCGACAUGCCAGGGGAUAAGGAACGGCGGCAAACUACCACGGGCAAGCGGCGCAACGCACUCCUGCAUCAUCUGCGAUGUGAAGAUUCCAAUGAGGAUCAGCGCUGCAAUGACCAACUCCGUAGAGUUGCAGUCUUCGCCAGGAGCCCUUUUUGGAGUAUCCCCUCUGUUGCCUCCUCGAGCAAGUGCUGCGGAUGGCAGCAGCAGUGUGUCCAGCGGUAGCAGCACGACUGCACCGUCUGCUGCAGCAUCCGAUGCACCCGACUCAGGAUCCCUCCUUACCCCCGCUCCUGGCAGUGCUGCUGCUGCACAGGAUCUGGAGGAAGAUAGAGUUUUGCACAUUUCCACACGGCUAACAGUGCAGAGGCCGCUUCAGGUUACAACGGCUUUGAUGGACUCCUUCAUGUAUGUUCAGAUCGAGAAUUCAACAGACUCCAUCCCCGUCGUUGUUGAGAAUGCUAUUCUAAGAAGCGUCAACUCGAAUGCACAGGGUGAUUUACCCGUGACGCUGUAUCCUCAGGAGCAGCACAGCGUUCUGUUGCGGCUCGAUGAAUCUUUUCUCUCCUACGGGGUUCCCCAGUGGGGGGGAGGCUCUGGAACUGAAUGCAGCCGAGGAAGUGUAGGACCAUCUGGAGGGGGAAAGGCGGUGCUGCCUCUUUGCCUCAAGUGGUGA